GGGUAGAGGCGUCGCGUUCGGAAGCUCCGUCGCCGUCGCAGGAGCUAUGUCACCAUUGUAGGAAGCUCCGUCGCCGUCCUAGGAAGCUGUGUCGCCGUCGUAGGAAGCCCCUCGCCGUCGUGUGGAAGCUCUGUGGCCGUCGUCGUCUCCUCUGUUCGAGCGCGCUCUCUCUGUUUUCGCCGGUGUUGCCGUCUCCUUUGUUGUCGCCGUCACUCCCUUUCCUCCUCGCUGCCGUGAAUUGACACUAUACCAUGAAGCCAGAAUCGAAAAGAAGCAGGGAUGACAAAUCUUCAUGCUUUGAUAAUUUUGGUGAAAUGUCAAAGGCUCUGUUAGAUUCUGAUGUCACCGUAAAGAAUGAGAGUUCUUCCAAUAUUCUUGGUUCCGCAAUUCUUCAAGAUCCUAAAGCAAUUCAAUCUCUCUCAAAAGAUUGUUAUGAUUUUAGUAGCUUAUUGAAGACAUUAAAUUGCAUAGAGAAAAAGAACGCGAAACGUUUGAUCCGGCUUGGGAGAAUUCAGAAAAUAAAAAGAAAGGAGAAGAAGAAGAAAAUUUCAAUAAAGUUCAUAUUUGUGAAGCCAAAUAAGCCUUUUGAAAAAAAUGUAAGAGUAAUAAAUAGAAUGAAAAAAGAGCAAAUUUUAGAUAAUGAAUUUGGCUUGGAAGAGUUUUUAGAUACUGCAAGAGAUGGAAGCUUUCGUUUUAGAACAAGGCUUUAUAUUAAAAGUAAUAAGAAUCUUCAUUAGAAAAAACCAAUGUAUAUAAAUUCGAUUUAGAGAUUAUAAUAUUAUGUAUUGUCUUAGAACAACA